CUCAUGAUAUGUGUUCUUCAGUGGACCAAACUGCUCCUCACCAAUUGAUAUUCAAUAAUGAACUCAGACCAAUGCAUUAUUACCUCUGCAUAUAUAUCUCACCCAGCAACACAUUCCAACCAUCAAACUUCAUCUUUUUCAUAAACAAUCAGUUCCUUCAAUACCAAAGACUAUCAAGUCUGAAAUCAUGGGUUUUCGCUUGCCAGUGAUUGUUCAAGCCAAGAACACAAUGCGUAGGGCUCUAUCUACUCCAAAAUCUUUCGAUGUACCCAAAGGCCAUCUUGCAGUAUAUGUUGGAGAAACAGAGAGGAAACAAUACAUUGUUCCAAUUUCAUACUUGAAGUAUCCAUAUUUUCAGAGCUUGCUGAACAAAGCAGAAGACGAGUUUGGGUUUGAUCACCCAAUGGGUGGUCUUACAAUUCCCUGCACAGAAGAAGAUUUUAUUGAUAUCACCAGCAGCUUGAAUUAAUGACCAGAUGCA